CAAAGCAUCAGAGGCCAAGGGUUUUCUACGAUCUUUAUCUAUCAGUUUAUGGUCCCGUAUAAUUAUUUCACAUAUUUGUUUUUUUUUCUCUUGGCUAGUGUGCACUGAGACAAAUAAUAUAUAUAUAUAUAUAUGUGGCUUACCAUUAUAUAUACCCCCCCCCAGUAGACUAGAGAUUAUACACAUUAUCAAGAGACUCAUGCAUGAGCGAGCGGUUUUUGUUUACUGGAGUUUUUUGUAUAAAACUUUUUAUUUUGAUUAACCGAGUGACCAUCAUUAUGUUACUGAGAACCACAUCUGCUCCAAUACUGAACUCAUGGCUACAACAACACUGCUCGAGAGAAUCGUCACCGGAGCCGGAGUCACUGCUCCAGCCCCGAAACAGAUCGUUGUCUCUUCUCUCUUCAAAGUCCAUAGAUGAACGCACUGGGAAGAUGUUGCACCAAGCUCUCUCAGCUGAGCACAGGGAAAGUGUUACUAAAUCAAGUUACAACGAACAUGACAGCAGUAGCCUAAUACCACGCAGGGAACGAAGGUCAUCGUUAGAUGAAAGUUCUCAUGGAACAGCUUACUACAAUAGAAAGAUUUUGGAUCCGUCCUCCUCGACCUUUGUAACGCAAAGACUGUCCUCGAGCUCUGGAAUUGGAAAGAAGGUCAGUGAUGAUGAUGAAGAUCAUCUGGAGGCUCUUGUGAUUGGUGGUGGUGGUGGUGGUGGUGGUAGUAUGGGGAGCAGCGGUGGCAAGAUCUGUAACGGCGGAGAUGACGGUGGAAGCGGUGGAAGUGAGGACGCCACCGAUGUGUAUUACAGGGAGAUGAUCAACUUGUCACCUGGAAAUUCGCUUUUGACCGGAAACUACGCCAAGUUUUUAAAAGAGGUGAGAGGAGACAUGAAGAAAGCAGAAGAGUACUGUGAAAGAGCAAUUUUGGGGAACACCAACGAUGGAAACGUUCUCUCGCUAUACGCCGAUAUCAUUUUGCAAAACCACGGCGACCGUAAAAGAGCCCACUCCUAUUUCCAACAAGCUGCCAAAAUGUCCCCCGAAGAUUGCUAUGUGCAAGCUUCAUACGCAAGGUUUCUGUGGGAUGUGGAGGAUGACGAAUAUGAAGAAGAAGAAAAAGAGCAAUUGAGUGAUGAAAUUGGCCACAUGCCUCCAACUACCAUCUUCCGUGAUUUUCCCAAGCAAGCUCGUAUUUCCACAACAUCCUAAAGCACAUAUUUACACCUUCCGUUAUAUGUAUUAGUAUCUAAAUAAACAAUAUAGUAUGUAUGCAUGUUUAAUACACAUAUGCAAAUGCAAUAUGCGUGUAUAAUAUACAUGUUACGAAAAUUUUAUAUGGUUUGUAGUCAGCACUCUGUACACCUAAAAGAAAAAUGGCUAGUUUCUCUAUC